AUGUUCUCUCUUCUCCUUGAAUUCCCGAGGAACGCCAUUCUGGUCGGCCUUUUAGGCACGGUCUUGAUAGGUGCCAAAUAUGCUAAGUGGUCAUCUCAGAGAAAAGCUGGACUGAAAUCCAAGGACGACGCUUUCUCGCUAUUCGAGGCACUGAUUUUGACAAUCAAUGAGCGUGUCAAGGCAUGGCGCUUCCUUUUGAAGGGGCCUACUUUGAUCGCAGACGCCUACAAAAAAGCUAAUGGGGCCCCCUUCCUCAUUGAUGUUCCAGAAAAUCGCUAUCAUUUUGUUUCUACCUGGACCCAUAUCGGAGAAAUCAAUGCUGUUCCGGACACUGUACUCUCAUUGACCGCUGCAGCAAAGGAGAUUCUCCAGCCCCAGUACACGAUGCAUAAGUUCGACUGGGACAUCUCUAGGGGUCGAGAUUCGGUGCCUCUGAAUCGAACGCUGCGGACAUAUCUCACCAACCAUUUGCCAAAUCUGAUUCCCAAGCUCCGCCGACAUCUGAGAGUUAUCUUUGAUCGACAUAUUCAGGCAGGGCCACUCAAAAACGGUAUGAAGAGAACGCAAACUUAUCUCCGAUCGGAUUUCUCAACUUAUGAUUUUCGCUUAGGUUUCAGAUCCCCUAAACUUUUCCCAAUGUUGGUCGAGUCUAUCGCCCACUCCAAUAUUAUGUCUUUUUUCGGGGAAGAUUUAGUUCAGGAUCCGGAGUUUAUAAAAGCCGGGGUUGGCUUUAUUGAAAACACUCUGAUUAUUUCGGAGGUAGUACGAGUGCUCCCACGCAUGAUUGCUCCUGCUGUAGGAAGAUUCCUAUCUCGCACUUUCAAUUCUCAGACUAUUAUCUUUGACACCUUGAUUCCAAUCGUGGAAUUGAGGCUCGAGGAGAGAGCGCGGAAAAAGCAGGGACACGAUGUGCCUGAACAUCACGACUGUAUCCAAUGGAUCAUUAAUGGCACCACAAGACCCUGGGCAGCCGAGCGGGUUGUUCAUGAGCUAAUUGCUCUCUGGUUCGGCUCAGUCCAUAUCACCUCCACAACCGCAUGCUUUGUGCUGCAUGAUCUCUGCCUUCACCCUGAAUACAUUCCAUUGAUCCGCAAAGACAUCGAGCGGUCGGGAUGGGAGUCAUUCGAUCAAUCGAAGGGUCAGGAGUUCCCAUUACUUGACAGCUUCAUGAAAGAAUCUUCUCGGUUAAACCCUGUCGAAGCUAUGAGCACGCGGCGUAUAGCUCUUAAGCCAUUUGAAUUGUCCGGCGGUCACCAGGUCCCCGUCGGCGAAUGGGUUUGCACAGCUCCCGGUGCAAUGCACCGUGAUCCUGCCUACUGGGCAAAGGCCCUCGAGUUUCACGGCUUCAGAUUUGUUGAGCCAACCCUGUAUAAAGCGAUUCUCAGCGCUACUGAGUUCGAGAUUCCGGAGCCUGGCAAAGAAUCUGCAUUCAAUGAAGUUCUUGAUUGGCAGCUCUGGGGCACGGGACGUAACGCCUGCUCGGGUAGAUUCUACGCAACAGCCCUGGCCAAGACUAUGCUGGCUCUAUUGAUUAUGAACUACGACAUGAAACUUGCAGAUCAUAAAAGAUCGAAACACAGCUUUACUUGGAGAUCCUUUAUCUAUCCAUAUGCAAGCACCCCCAUAUUACUCAAACCCAGAUCGGUUACCUUCUAG